AUGGAAAAUAAAUACACUAGAAUCAGACUGGACGAUCUGAAAACAUUUGAAGUUGUUGCUUUGAAUUCCAUAGAGAAAUUCGAUCCAGCCAAAUUUGACCCGAACAAUAACUCGAGACUGUUCUUCAAGUUAGUUGGAACUGAACAACGUGUCCAAGUCUUUGAAAUUCUGGAAUUGGAAAACAAUUUGAGACAUGAUGAAAAACUUGCUGAAAUGGACAAAACUGGAAUGAAAUUAGUGGAGGAAAAACAUUUGGAGAAGAAAAUCAGCAGAGAGAAGAAGGAUGAAAAGCUUGCUGAAUCAGACGAAACUGGAAUGAAAAUAGUGGAGGAAAAACAUUUGGAGAAGAAAAUCAGCAGCGAGAAGAAGGAUGAAAAGCUUGCUGAAUCAGACGAAACUGGAAUGAAAAUAGUGGAGGAAAAACAUUUGGAGAAGAAAAUCAGCAGCGAGAAGAAAGAUGAAAAGCUUGCUGAAUCAGACGAAAUGAAAAUUAAAGCGAUAGAAGAAUUUUUAUUGAAGAACGGUGACAACUGCAAGAAAAAUCAUUCAGAAGCAGAAAAUGAGAGAACAAAUGCGAAAUCAGUCGGGAAUAAGAAAAUUGAAACUGUUUGUGAAGGAAAAAUGGAAAUUAUUUUGAGCACUGUUAAUCAAUUUCAAAAUCAAGUUAUGGAUAUGAAUGCAGAAAGGACUCAAGAAAAUGACGAAGAGAAUGUAUGGAAGGAAUCUUUUUAUGAACUGCAAAAAAAAUCGUUAUCAUUUUGUAAAGAAGUGAUAGCGAUAUGCAAUUCUGAAACUGCAAAUGAGGAGAGGGAAAAAGAGAAAAACCAAUUCAGCUCAAAGGAGAAAGAAAAAACAUUGAAAGCAUCUGAAUCAGCAUCAUCCUGCAAUGAUAAUGAAAGUAUGUUGAAAAAAGAAUUACCAAUUUUACAAAUUACGUGA